CUGUAUCCUUUGAAAUAAAGUUCACCGCUCGGGUUGAAGACAAAAGAGCGACAUAGCCUGAGAUGGACGGAGAUACUGACUUCCGAUAUCAGAGUGAUAAUCUAUGAUACGGUGCAACAGUCUUGGCGCCCGGCGUCUUAGCCGUUCCACAAGCUCUCCACCUCCGCCUUGUCGUCAACACGGUGGACCUCGACAACACCAUCUCUUCAGCCCGCAACCAUGUCCCAAUCACUGCGUCCGUACCUAAAAUGCGUUCGGUCAUCCCUUACGGCGGCCAUCUCGCUCUGCGACUUCGCCUCGCAAACAGCGGAACGUCACAAUGUGCCCGAGAUCGAAGCCGGCAAAUCUCCGGAGGUGCUGCUGAAUCCUCUCACCGUCUCCCGCAACGAACAUGAGCGCGUGCUCAUUGAGCCGUCGAUCAACUCGAUCCGUGUUUCCAUCAAGAUCAAGCAGGCCGACGAGAUCGAGAAUAUCCUUGUGCACAAGUUCACUCGGUUCUUGACGCAACGUGCGGAGAACUUCUUUAUUCUGCGGAGGAAGGCGGUUAAGGGUUACGACAUCUCGUUCUUGAUCACCAACUUUCAUACCGAGCAGAUGUUGAAGCACAAGCUGGUGGACUUCAUCAUCCACUUCAUGGAGGAGGUCGACAAGGAGAUCUCCGAGAUGAAGCUGUUUCUCAAUGCGAGAGCCCGUUUCGUCGCCGAAGCUUUCCUCACCCCGUUCGAUUGAUUGCGCGUCGGAAGGUCGGUUGGCUGUGGUGGGUUGGAGCUCGGGGGAUGGUGACGGUUCUGUGUAUCGGCGUGACUUAUACCUAUUGCGUAAUAACGGGUGUGAUGCUGCUGCCUGUUCCUCUGUCUGUUUUGCCAGCGUUCGUUGUGUUCUUAUAUAUAGACAAAAGGGUGAAAGAGAUGAGAUGGUCAUUGGUUGCAAGAUAGCUGCUGAAGUACCCCCGCCCCACAACGCAAAGCUCAACAUCUUCCUGG